AUGGACUACACGGCGGUGAAAAGAACCGAGCCACCGGUUGAUGAUGUUCGAGAGGAAAAAGAGGGAUGUUUCAGCCGCCUUCGCUAUCGAUGUGGCGCUUUUGAUCAAGGUCGACGACAGGGAUGCUGCUGGAUUGUCGCUUUCAUGGUGCUAACCGCGAUAUUUGGCGGUUUAUUCAACAACAAAAACAACGAAGAUUUGCCGUUUUUUGGCGAGCAGAAUUUGACCGUCCCAUCGAGCCUCUUUCCAUUGAAGAUCCCUUUGGGUGAUCCAUUGCAAAUCGGUCAAUACUAUCACAUUUACGGAAAUGUUAGCAAAAGCGCAACCGAUUUCUGCUUCUCGCUCACCCAGGAUGUUGAUGUGAGGCUGAAGAUUUGCGCACUUUUCAGCAAUGGAACGGGUGAAAACUCGACGACCACUUAUCAAGCGUUGAGGAAAAACGGCACAUUGAUCAACGAGAUUUCAGUGAAUCCGUUUGAGAAAAACGAAGUUUUCGACUUGCGGAUCCGAUUUUUGGAUGGACUUGUUCAGAUUUUCGCAAACCACAGUGAGAUCGGCAUCUUCACAGCCAGCGACGCUUUGUUGAAUGCCACUGAAGCCACAUUGUCAACAACAUCGAACGGAAUCCAAAGUCUUCGACUGUUUAGGAUUGAAGGCCGAAAGUACGAGGAAUCCAUUCAACGGGAACAUUCGUCUCAAUUUCGGGCAACGCUUGGACAUUUCGGCUCAACCAAUCGCGAAAA